GCUGUGAAACCAACGCUGAUUGGUCAACAUUUACACACAUGGCUUCUGAUUUGUCUAAAAUUCAACUGUCAUUUUGAAGGAUGCAGUUUGUGGUACCUAAUGAACAUCAAAUGAUCUGAGCUCUGAGAUUUUUUUUGUAUUUUAUUUUAUCAGAAAUAUAUCUACAAAUCAAACUUACAAAUGCUCUCUGUUCAUACUUAAUCUAAGGCAACAAAAUCUCCACUUUAUACAGUACAUAACACAUGUAUAAUAUUUUUAUUAAGUAAGCUGCUGAUUUAGAAUUAGUGAUUUAGUAUUAUUCUUCGCUGUGCAGUGGGAUCUGUUUACAGAGUUAAACAUUAAAGGUCUGCUUUGAUCUGCUGAUGGAGCCAGUGACAGUCUAUGCAAUGGAAAUACAGCAUGAUGUAGUGCAAAUACACAGACGAUGAAAUGUGUCGUGCAGAGAGAGACAUCUUGUGUCCAACGUCAGUCUUUUGAAAUCAAUGACAUCUGCACACAAGUUCUGGUUAUUAAUAGGUUCUGGCCAAAUUUGUUCUAUUGAAUCGUUAGUAUGAUUUAUAUAUUUAAAAAUAUAAAACAAAUCACAAAUCACCACAGGGAGCGGAAUAUUAUAUUUUUAGUCAGAAAUCAUUGACACUGACUAUGUUACCAGACUUGCUUCCUUCAGAGUUUGAAUUAAGUGGAAGUAAAAGCACGUGUCAGCCAUAACUACAAAAACACGCCCAAAGCGCUGAACAAGCCGUGCAUGCACUGCCUAUACUAUCUUGCGAAGCGAUAUCAAUUUAUUACACAAAUACACACUUAUCCACCUCUGUGGAUUCUGUGACAUAAUAAAUUGCAACGAGUAGUAAAGGUAGUGAGGUAGCCUACUACCGAACAUCACUUGAUCCCUCAAUAAAUUAUUUAUCGCCUCAGUAUUUAUGGGUCUCUUGUUCAUGUAAUGUGACAGUCAAUCAUAUUUAUUGUGACAUAUGCCGUCUUCAGAGCCAGAACACAUCGUCCACAUAGUCGGAGCAGACCCUGGCCGCCAGCAGGCUCCACCAGCGGGGCGACGGCUGCGCGUUUCUCUCGCUUCCUGCUUCCUCGACCAGAGACUGGAGCCGCUGAGAAACUUGCAAGACGGAGCGAUCGAUAGCGGCGAUCACGGAAACAUCCUGGAGGCCACACAGAGAGGGAGAGGGAGGGAGAGCCGCUUGCUCGGUGUCAUAUCCGUUUGGUUUCAGGAUUAUUUGCUGAGGUCCGGACCGAAUGGCUUCUCCUGCGUCCUGCUGAUCCUCCGCAUCCUUGCCAUGGUCGGUUUGGAGAUAAACACGCAGUGACUGACUCUGACUGGAGACCGGUUAUGGGCCCCCAGCGGACAUGGAUCCCUUGGGUGCACUGCCAGAACAGUGAAGACCAGGAGAGGGAGAGGCGCUGGGCUGAGCUGUUUGACCAGCUGGACCUCAACAAAGAUGGACGCAUUGACAUGUCUGAACUGCGGACAGGGCUUGCAGGCCGAGGCCUUUCCAAAGGCUCCCUGGAAAGGAUCGUGGAGGCCGGGGACACUAACCAGGAUGGAGUGCUGGACUUGGAAGAGUUCACUCAGUAUCUCCGUACCCAUGAAAAACAGCUCAAACUCAUGUUUCGUAGACUGGACAAGAACAAUGACGGUCAGAUAGAUGCAGCAGAGAUUCGGGACUCUUUGCGCAGCAUCGGUGUGAACAUUAGCCUGGAGAAUGCCACCAGGAUUUUGCUAAGUAUGGACAAGGACGGUACCAUGACCAUUAACUGGAAUGAGUGGCGAGACCACUUCCUGUUUAACCCACUGACUAACAUGGAGGACGUGGCGCGCUACUGGAAGCGUUCAAUGAUGCUGGACAUAGGUGAGCAACUGACAGUGCCAGAUGAGUUUUCAGAAGAGGAGAAGAAGUCGGGGUAUGUAUGGCGACAGCUAAUGGCUGGAGCCAUAGCUGGAUCUGUAUCCCGGACUGGAACUGCCCCUUUAGACCGUCUCAAAGUCUUCCGACAGGUACAUGGCUCCACUGAUUUUAAAGGCAAUGUGUUGAGCAGUUUCCAGUACAUGGUGAAAGAGGGAGGACCAUGGUCCAUGUGGAGGGGCAAUGGAAUCAACGUUCUAAAAAUUGCCCCGGAGACUGCCAUCAAGUUCACAGCUUACGAACAGAUCAAGAGUGUGAUGCGUGGCCGUAAUGAAAGAAGAACUCUGAUGCCUCACGAGAGGUUUGUUGCUGGCUCAUUGGCUGGAGCUACAGCUCAGACGGCCAUCUACCCAAUGGAGGUUCUAAAGACUCGUCUCACGCUAAGAAAAACAGGCCAAUACUCGGGAAUGGUAGACUGCGCCAAACAGAUCCUACAGAAGGAAGGUGUCACCGCCUUCUACAAGGGUUAUGUACCCAACCUGCUGAGUAUUGUCCCUUACGCUGGCAUCGACCUGGCUGUCUACGAGACUCUGAAGUUCUCUUGGCUGAACAGGAACAGGGGUUUAGCAGAUCCGGGGGUCAUGGUGCUGGUUGGAUGUGGCGCCGUCUCCAGUACCUGUGGGCAGCUGGCAAGUUACCCACUGGCGCUGAUCCGCACCCGAAUGCAGGCACAAGCUUCAGUGAAGGGAGCCCCCAAACUCUCCAUGCUGUCCUUGAUUCGUAACAUUGUGACCCAUGAGGGUGUCGCCGGACUGUACCGAGGAAUUUCCCCCAACCUGCUGAAAGUCAUCCCCGCUGUGAGCGUGUCCUACGUCGUCUACGAAUACACGAGGAUCAUGCUGGGAGUGGACAUCGAGGGUAGGAGGGGAGGGAAAGGAAAGGAGUAGCAAAAGAAGAGACGGGUUGGAGUGGCAACCAUCUGCAAGCACGUACAGAUCUGUUGACAACGCAUGAGGAAAUGAGCCUUGGAUUGUCCUGAAACUGCAAGUAAAACAAAAACAAAAAAACAUUUGCUAUAAUAUAAUACAGCAUAAUCUGCUUCCACCUGGACUGACAACUACUGGAAAGACUUUCUGUGACUUUUCUGGAAAGUGUGACAUACUUGAAUGCAAUGCAUGGCAGCAGUUGAAAGCUAACCAGAUAAUAUAUUGCUGCUGCAGUGACUUGGACGCAUAAAGAUUUGCAUGAACUUGUCUGAUUACACUGAAGAGGUUUAACCAAUCCUGGAACCAACUGUUACAUUCCUCAGCACUGUUUUUUCUCCCAGGUGGUUUGUAAGGAGGAUGCAGGGCUGAGCCACUGUCCUGGUUUGUAAGUGAGAAGAGCCUUCCAUUGACAUGUCUUAAACAAAUGACAAAAGAUGAUAACGAUGCAUUCUCCAACAACAGCAGAAGGUCGACUGAAUGUGAGGAUGGUGAAAACAGGAGGUGACACGCUAAGUCGCCUCUCUCCUGGAAGCAGUAUUCUUCAGUACAGCACACCAAACGACUUUAUGUUCCACAGGAGAGAAACUGCCAAAGCCAUUGUGUGUCAAGAAACACGCACUAUGACCUCUUUGCCAGAGAAGUGUUUGUCUGUUACUUAAAACUCUACAUGGUCCAGUGCCGCACAGUAUUUUCAUAAACAUUACUGCUGACUUCUUCUGUAUUAUGAAAAAAAAAAAAAGAAAUGAAUAGAUAUUUAAUGCCAUUUUUGAUGUGGACAUACAGUAUAUGUGCAAAUAUAUCCUUGCAUGUUGCUGUUUUUCUUAAAUACCUUCAGUUGAACUUUGUACUGAAUGUCUCAGAUUUAGAGAAGAAGUCUGUGAAUGCACCUCAGCCCUGUGGUCUUUGGUUUCAGAGUAACACUAAUGAAUUACAAAGGGAAGAACUCGUUCAGUUUCCCAAGCAGAAGAAGUGUUAUUCAUUUCCUUUUAAGUUAAUUUAAGUCCUCUCAGAACCGAGGAAAUAACCGCAGUGAGGCACAUGUUGAAAGCCCCUAGUGAACAUUUUUUAUGUUACUAAUACUAAUAUUAACUUAAUAUUUAGAAUGGAAACUUAAAUUGGAAAAAAUGCUUACAAUUGAUUUCCGACCAGGAAAUGGUGCAAUCUUGAAUAUUUUGUCAUCAUUUUACACCUCAAAGAAUACAUGUACUGUGCUGUAAACUGUCAAAAAAAUUGUCUUCUAUUAUUGUCUACAUAGAACUACAAUACAUUUUCAGAUUCAGAAAACUUUAUUUAUCCCCGGGGUUCAAUUUGGACCCCAUAGUAUGUAAUUCAGUAGUAUUCAGAUGCCAAAUAGAGAAUUUCCAUUUGGCAUAUUUACAACCAGUGUUGGGGAGCUUGUUCUUCAACCAACGUAAGAUCAAUUGUACAUGCAAACAUGUUAACUUUAUCCAUAGACAAUAUAAAUCAAUAAUCAUUAAAUAUUUAAUUUGAGCUUUGAAUAUUUAAUAUUUAAGCUUGAAUAUAAUUGUAAAUGCAUUUUGUAAGCAAUUGAAAGUUUUCAAUUUUCUUGUCUAGCAAACCACUAAGAAAACUGUGAGCCAAUUGAUAAUAAAAACUAAAUAAACUGAAUGUAUGAAAGAGAAUAUUAUUUCAUAAUUAAUGGAAAAUCAAUUGACAGAAAGUUAGAGUUUACUGAAAAACAGUUCAGCUGUCUUUGUUUUAGCUUUGUUUUGUUGUUCUCAUUAUACAAUGACCUGGAUGCCUGAGAAUCAUUGCGGAUAUUAAGGCAGAUAAAUAAAUAAAGAGAUAAAUACUGAUUCGC